AUGUCGGCUUUAUCUAGCGACGUAAAUAGCACGUUAGUCAACGUGCUUAACGGGUUUGGUUCAGCUGACAACAAUGUCCGUGCUGCUGCGGAGGAAACUUUGAAUAGCCAAUGGAUCACAGAGGAAAAUAUCCAGGUUUUGUUAGUAUUUUUAGCAGAACAAGCUGCUUAUUCGGAGGAUCUUACACUGGCGAGUUUAUCAGCUGUAUUGUUUAGGAAAUUGGCGUUGAGAGCACCGCCAUCAUCUAAAACGGUGAUUAUUGCGAAGAACAUCACGCAUAUCAGUAAAGAAGCAUUGACACAGAUCAGAGGUACCUUGUUGAAAGGUUUUGUUUCGGAGCGUUCGGAUGGGAUUAGACAUAAGUUGUCUGAUGCUAUUGCGGAGUGCGCGCAGGACGAUCUACCGGAAUGGCCGGAACUACUUCAAACUUUAUUCGAGGCCACGAAAAAUCCAAACGCCAAUUUUAGAGAAUCCAGUUUCAGAAUAUUUACCACUGUUCCACAUUUGAUUAACGCGAUUGAUAUUAAUAAUGCCCUGCCUAUAUUUGAGGCAGGAUUUACUGAUACAGAAGACAAUGUAAAGAUCGCUACAGUUACAGCGUUUGUUGGAUAUUUCAAGCAACUUCCAAAGAUUCACUGGUCAAAGUUAGGCGUGUUACUACCCAGCUUGUUGAAUAGUCUACCCAAGUUCUUAGAUGAUGGGAAGGAUGAUGCAUUGACUGCUGUAUUUGAGUCUUUGAUUGAAUUGGUGGAAUUAGCUCCGAAGUUGUUUAAAAAUAUGUUUGAUCAAAUGAUUCAAUUUACUGAUAUUGUUAUCAAAAACAAAGACUUGGAAACUUCAGCUAGAACUACCGCAUUGGAAUUGUUGACGGUGUUUUCGGAAUGCGCUCCUCAGAUGUGUAAAUCAAAUCCAAAUUAUGCACAGUCGUUGAUUAUGGAUACCCUAUUGAUGAUGACUGAAGUUUCUGUAGACGAUGAGCAAGCUCUAGAGUGGCAAAAUUCUGAUGAUGUCGAGGAGGACGACGAAGAAGCAGCAUACGAUAAUGCACGCCAGGCGUUAGAUCGUGUAGCUUUAAAGCUAAAUGGGAAAUACUUGGCUCCUCCGUUGUUUCAAUAUUUGCAACAAAUGGUAACGUCUUCUCAAUGGCGCGAAAGAUUUGGCGCUCUAAUGGCCUUAUCAUCUGCUGCAGAAGGUUGUCGCGAUGUUCUAAUUGGUGAAAUACCAAAGAUAUUGGAUAUGGUUAUUCCUCUAAUUAAUGAUGCUCACCCAAGAGUUCAAUAUGGUUGCUGCAACGUUCUAGGUCAAAUUUCUACGGAUUUCGCUCCUCUAAUCCAAAGAACUUCGCACGAACGUAUUUUACCUGCCUUGAUAUCAAAGUUGACAGGACAGUCGAUUGAUAGAGUCCAAACACAUGCAGCAGCAGCAUUAGUCAACUUCUCUGAGCACGCUACCCAGACGAUUUUAGAACCAUAUCUAGAUAGUCUUUUGACUAAUUUGUUGUCUAUGCUUCAAAGCUCCAAACUUUACGUUCAAGAACAAGCAUUAACGACAAUUGCGUUUAUCGCUGAGGCAGCAGAGAAAAAAUUUAUUAAGUACUACGACACUUUAAUGCCUUUGCUGUUAAAUGUUUUGAAGACUGACACUGGUAAAGAAAAUAGAACGCUAAAGGGCAAAUGUAUGGAAUGUGCGACUUUGAUUGCCUUAGCUGUUGGAAAGGAAAAGUUCUCUGUUCACUCACAGGAGUUGAUUGAACUUUUUGUUUCAUAUCAAAAUCAAGGUAUUGAGGAUGAUGAUCCAAUUAAAACAUAUUUGGAACAAGGCUGGAGCAGAAUCUGCAGAAUCUUAAGGGAAGAUUUUGUCCCAUUUUUACCAAUUGUAUUACCUCCAUUACUAGAAACAGCGAAGGCCGGGCAGGAUGUCAGCUUGAUCGAUGAAGAAGAAGCCAAGAACUUUCAGCAGUACUCUGAUUGGGAUGUUGUACAAAUUCAGGGCAAGCACAUUGCUAUCCAUACUUCUAUUUUGGAUGAUAAAGUUCCAGCCAUGGAGUUGUUACAGGUUUACGCUACCAUUUUAAAAAAUUACUUUGCUGGAUAUGUCCCUGAAAUAAUGACUGAGAUUGCUGUUAAAUCUUUGGAUUUUUAUUUGCAUGAUGGCGUCAGGGCCACCGGUGCAGGCCUGAUUCCAGUAUUAUUGUCAUCACUAGUUUCUGCUACUGGAACUCAAAAUCCAAAUACUGUAGCACUAUGGCAAUUAGCCUCUACUAAAUUGAUUAAUGGAAUAAUUUCAGAACCAAUGCCUGAGAUUGUCCAAAUAUAUCACACUUCUUUAGUGGAUGGUCUAAAAAUCAUGGGAGAAAACGCCCUGACUAAUGAACAGUUGGAAAAGUAUACUAAAGGCGUUUCUGCAAACCUCUCAGAUGUUUUCGAGCGUGUCAGACAGCGCCAUGGUCAAGAAGAUGAAUAUAAUGAAGAUGUUGAUGAGGAAUAUGAGGAUUUUACUGACGAAGACUUAUUGGAUGAUAUCAACAAAUCGUUAGCAGCAGUAUUACAAACCACAAAUGGAUUAUAUCUUCCGCAUUUUCAGGCAAUUUGGCCUCUGGUUCACACGUACUUGCAAGAUACUGAAGUAAUUCUAAUGCUGUUUGCUUUAGUUGCUAUUUCUGACUUGGUUCAUUAUUGCGGUGACAACACAGAAGGCUUUAAAAAUGGGUUCGUCAACAAACUCAAAGAUUUUCUGGUUUCCCCGGAGCCCUCUGUUCGUCAAGCUGCUGCCUACUGCAUUGGAUCAUGUGCCCAAUAUGCUCCAAACACGUAUGGAGAAGUUUGCGUUGAAUCUUUAGACACUUUGUUUCUGGUUAUUUCAAUUCCAGAUGCCAAAUCAGAGGACAAUGUUUCUGCCACCGAAAAUUCUGCUGCUGCUAUAGCGAAGAUUUUACAUUCUUUUGGAUCUAACAUGCCAAAUUUUGACAGCUACGUAGUUAACUGGUUGAAAGCCUUUCCAAUUAUCCAAGAUGAAGAAGCUGCUGCAUUCAGCUACAGAUUUUUAGCUCAGUUGAUAGACUCUAACAAUGCUGCAAUUACCAAUAAAGAAAAAAUCGGAGAAAUUGUGGAUUAUGUUGUUCAGGCUUUACACCAAAAGAGUCUGUCUGGAAAGACGGCGGCUGUUGUUGUAGGAUCCACAAAGAAACUAUUGAGCAGUUUGCCUCAGGACUACGCUUUGAGAUACUUCCAAAGAUAUCCAUCCUCAAUUAUGCAAGACAUUCAAAAAUGGUUUGCUUAG